AUGAAUAGUCUGCUGCGCCAUGCCAUCGUCUUCCUGUGGGUCGCCGCGGCGCUCGGCAGAGCGCAGUCCACCGGCUAUGACAGUAAUACGGACUCGGUCCCUAAGACCACCCAGGCCCCAUACACCGGAAGCGCCAUAUCGAGCACGCUCGGUUUACACUUUACGAACAGCACAGGAACAUGUCCCAGCCGGACGGUGAACUAUAUAACACACACGCUAGCGCGACAAUGCCUGAGGACUGAUCGCGCUCCGUCCAAUGGCACACAACAUAUCCUCACCACCACAGAUCACACGGGCACCUUCGCGACCACGUUGAUUUCAGAUGAACGGCCGCAGGUGGCCACCGUGACAUAUACCGUAGCGAAUGGCACGACCACGAUUUUAGGCGAGCAUACAUCCUCCGCCCGGCAUGAGCCAAGUCCAGCCCAUGCAUCGAAUUCACCAACUGCGUCUGAUGCCAAUGUCGCAGCCAGUACCGCAAGCCUCUCCGUCGAAGAAGAGGAAUCGGACUCUGCCCUAGACAAUGCCAACUUUCUGUCCUUUGAGGACUGGAAAAAGCAAAACCUUGCCAAGAGUGGCCAAUCUCCUGAUGAUGUUGGACGAACGCAGACCACCAAUGCUCAUCGGCCGCGACCAGUCAACAAUGCUCUCGAUACUCUAGGGGAUGAGCAGGAGAUUGACAUUGACUUUGUUGGCUUUGGGGGAGUGUCGCAGUCCGCCAUGCCCGAAAGCCCCACAGCUCAAACGGAAGCCGCGCAAACGCCAGUACCAGGUCAUCCGACCUCACUCAGGUCCAAAGACGCUGGCAAAACUUGUAAGGAGCGCACAAAUUAUGCAUCCUUCGACUGCGCUGCGACUGUUCUGAAGAACAACAAGGAGGCAAAGUCCGCCACGUCCGUCUUGGUCGAAAGCAAAGACAGCUACAUGCUCAACAAGUGUGCGGCCGACAACAAAUUCUUGAUCGUGGAGUUGUGCAACGACAUACAAAUCGACACAAUUGUGCUGGCCAAUUACGAGUUCUUCAGCUCUGGCUUCCGCCACUUCAGACUAUCUGUGUCCGAUCGGUAUCCCGUCAAGAUGGAAAAAUGGCGGGAUCUAGGUACUUUCGAGGCCCGCAAUACUCGUGAGAUACAGGCCUUCUUGAUCGAGAAUCCUCAAAUUUGGGCUAGAUAUCUACGUAUCGAAUUCCUCACGCAUUAUGGCUCCGAAUACUACUGUCCUGUGAGUUUGCUCCGGGUGCACGGCAUCACGAUGAUGGAAGACUACAGACAUCAGGAAGAAUUAGCAAGGGGCGAAAUCGAUGAUGUUACCUUGGACACCGAAGUUCUGGCAACACCUCCAAUCCAUCAGGAGCCUGUGGAGUCUACAGACGAGGCAUCGAAGGCGACAGAGCAGGCUAUACCGCCAGUAGUCCCUGGCGAGCCGGACAGUGUCUCGUCUCAAGAGAAGCCCCAGAAGGAUGAAUCAUGUUCUUCUUGUACAUCAAACGAGGCGACCAUGUCCAGUACCGAAGCGCUUGCAAGCUCUCUGGCUGAAAAAUACGACAACGCCAGCUUCCCAAUGGCUGUAGGCGUCUAUGAGCCGACGAAUGCCAACAUGACUUGCGAUCAACGGCCCACUUCGGAAGUCGUAACGAGCUCCAACGCGAAUCUCACAGCGCUUCCACAGACUGGAUCGACCUCAUCCUUUACUUCGACUUCGUCAUCUAUCAGUGAUGCUGCUAGCACAAUCACACCUACAGUAACGAAGCAGAAUGUAGACACUGAAGUAGCGAUCAACUCCUCCUCGACCUCGCACGACUCAUCAGCACGCGAAGAACCGAUAAGCGCCACGGUGCUGCCAGCCAAUAGCACUUCCAAUUCCACCACAGGUCCCAGCAGCAGCACUUAUUCCGCUAGUGGCAAUCAGACAGCAGCUGCGAGCAAUUCGACACGUCCUGUCGCAUCCUCAGCAAGCUCGCCACCACCAGCCCAGCCCUCCACCCAGGAGUCUUUCUUCAAACAGGUUCACAAACGCCUGCAGCAAUUGGAAAGCAACAGUACUCUCAGCUUGCAAUACAUCGAGGAGCAAUCUCGCAUAUUGAGAGAAGCAUUCAGCAAGGUUGAGAAACGACAAGUGGCGACCACAAGCAAGUUCCUCUCCCAUCUGAACGAGACAGUCAUGGCCGAGCUUCACGGCUUCCGCCAGGCAUACGAUCAACUAUGGCAGAGCACGGUGAUUGAGCUCGAAGGUCAACGAGAGACGUAUCAGCGCGAAAUGCUAGCUCUCAGUUCGCGACUGACAAUGGUUGCCGAUGAACUUGUCUGGCAGAAACGCAUGGGUAUCGUGCAAUCGACGCUGCUACUCAUGUGUCUGGCUCUUGUCCUUUUUGGCAGGUCUAACAACGGCGCUCUCGAAGUGCCACUGAUGCAACAAUUGCUGAAUAAGUCCACCACGGCACUCUCAGGCUGGGACACACCACCUCUCUCGCCAUCGCCGGAGAGUCGGAGCCCCGUCAGCUUAUUUAGGCGGAAACUUUGGCGCUCAAGCACUGCGCCUGCGGAUCCACAAUAUGCAAGCGAUGAUGGCGGGCCUGGUGGCGCAGAGGACAGUCGUCCAGUCACACGAGAGGGCCCUCCUCAACCUGAAAUCAGCGUCGAAGCUCCCUCGCCGCCUCGUGGCUCAGGAGCCGAAGUACCAGCCGAUGAGUGGGAGGAUGAAGAUGGACAAGCCCAAGAAGGACGACUUUCCUUGGAUUCUAUCGGCAGUGCAAGGGUGAGUGUCCCUUCUGGACCAUCGGGCAGUCCUGGAAGGAAAAGGAAAAAGGGCAAGAAAUUCGCUUCUGGGUUGGAAGGAGUUAUGAGGUUUGGGAAUGGAAUUCGUUCUACUGGUCAGGAUAGGCCGAAGAGUCCUUUGGCGAAUGGUGAUUGGCAGCAGUGA